AUGUCUAUUUCGGGUGGUUUGCCAUUUGACACAACGUCGUCAACAAUUAAAUCUCGUCAUUUAUGUUCACUUUGUCAAUAUUUACUUGUCGAACCCAUGUGUACUACAUGUUGUCAUCGAUAUUGUUCUGCAUGUCUUGAAAAAUUAAUAAAUAGCGAACAAUUUCCAAUAUGUUCUAUCAAAGAUUGUACUCGAGUAAUUACAAAUAAUAUAAUUUAUACAGAUUCACCUAUGAAAAAUGAUAUGAAACGUUUGACAGAUAUUGUUUGUCAUAAUAAAUCAAAAGGAUGUUCAUGGAGAGGAGAUUAUACAUCAUAUGCAAAUCAUCUUCAAGUUUGUACAGUUGAAGGCUUUCGAUGUGAACAGUGUUCAUCAACUUUUACUGAUCGUCUUUUAUAUGAUCAACAUGGUCAACUUUGUCCAAAAGUUCUUAUUUCAUGUCCAUUAAAAAAAUUCGGUUGUGAUAUUCAGAAAUUAAAACACAUUUAA